AAUGAAAAAAAGUGUCGUAAAAACGUGUUUAAAAGAAAAGAGUUUGCUACAACAUUGCUAGGUUAGCUUAGGACAGCAUCUCUGUGGAGUAACUUGCUAGCUUGAAUAAUUGUUUCUUUGCUUCGAGCGAUUCACGAAGCUAUUUGCCACGAGAAGCAACCUGUUACAGAGACCCUGUUAUCCACGGCUUCAGGUCUGAAAUUCAGCGCCAUGGCGGGUGACGCGGUGGUCUGGAGGGGUCUGACCUGGAUGAAGCGGGCGAUCUGCAGAGCCUCGCCGGGCGGCCUGCACGGCGCCGGGAACCAGAGGCUGGUAAACUUCCAUCACGCUGCCGUAUCAGCAAGGGAGCCGUUCAGCAAGCGGCGAGACGCCUGCGCCCACAGAGCCACGGCAGCACAGCGCCACAGACACUCGACCGCCGCGCGUUUCAUUGGGAGCUCCUCCUGCAGCGGAGGACCCAGCACGAAGCAUGUGAGGCUCCACAGGGCCUGGCCCCGCCCACCGCUCCCCGGACACACGCGGCUAUUCAACCGGGACAACUCCACGGUGGGACGUCCGGCGCCGGAGGACGUCGAUAAAGCCGGAAACGCCAAGAAAACCGACAUCAGGCAACAUAAGCAAGUGCUCAGUGAGAGAGCCAGAGAGAGGAAGGUGCCCGUCACACGGAUAGCACGCCUGGUGAAUUUUGGCGGUCUGGCCAUCGGACUCGGCAUCGGGGCGAUCGUUGAAGUGGCCAAGAAGAGUUUCAACCGAAACCAAGGAGGCCAAGGUGAUACCAAAUCGGUUCUGGCCUCCAGUGCCUUCCUCUCGGAAGCCAACGCUCAAAGAAUCGUCCGGACACUUUGCAAAGUCCGAGGUGCCGCUCUGAAACUUGGACAGAUGCUCAGCAUUCAAGACGACGCCUUCAUUAACCCUCAGCUCGCCAAAAUCUUCGAGCGUGUUCGCCAGAGUGCCGACUUCAUGCCCCAGAAGCAGAUGAUGAAAGCCAUCAGCGGCGACCUCGGCCCGGACUGGAGAGACCGGCUGGAGUACUUUGAGGAGAAGCCGUUCGCGGCGGCGUCCAUCGGCCAGGUGCAUUUGGCGCGGCUGAAGGACGGCAGACAGGUGGCCAUCAAGAUCCAGUACCCCGGAGUCGCCAAGAGCAUCAACAGCGACGUGAAGAACAUCCUGACGGCUCUGAACUUAAUCAACGCGCUGCCCAAAGGUCUGUUUCCUGGGCACCUCGUCGAGGUCAUGAGCCGCGAGCUGGCGCUGGAGUGUGAUUACAUCAGAGAGGCCAGAUGCACCAAGCGGUUCCAGGAGCUGCUGAAGGACCAGUCGUACUUCUACGUGCCGGACGUGAUUGACGAGCUGAGCAGCGCGCACGUCCUCACCACCACGCUGGUGCCCGGCUUCCCGCUGGACCGCGCCACCGGCCUCUCCCAGGAGCUCAGGAACGAGAUCUGCGAGCAAAUCCUGACCCUGUGCCUGAGGGAGCUGUUUGAGUUCCGGUUCAUGCAGACGGAUCCGAACUGGUCCAACUUCUUCUUCGACCCCCAAGCUCACAAGGUGGCGCUGUUGGAUUUUGGCGCCACGCGGGAAUUCGAUAAGAGUUUCACUGACAACUACAUCGAGAUUAUCAAUGCGGCUGCUCAUAAGAACAAAGAUGGCGUCCUGCAGAGAUCCAGAGACAUGAAGUUCCUCACGGGAUACGAGUCAAAGGUGAUGGAGGACGCCCACGUGGACGCGGUGAUGAUCCUCGGCGAGGCGUUCUCUUGCGAGGAGCCCUUUGACUUCGCAGGUCAGAACACCACGGAGCGCAUCCACAGCCUCUUCCCCGUGAUGCUGAGGGAGCGGCUCUCGCCGCCCCCCGAGGAGACGUACUCCCUCCACCGCAAGAUGGCGGGCUCCUUCCUCAUCUGCUCCAAACUCAAAGCUAGAAUAUCCUGCAAGGCCAUGUUCCGGGACGUGUACGAGAGCUACUGGAGAGACGGGCGCCCCGCGCCAACAAGACUGGUUUCCAGUAUAGACUCUGGUUUGCGUUCUGAUGAACCUUUAACUCGCAUUCCUGGUGCCUAAAAACUGCCGACUUUAUAUUCCAUGGCAUUCAGAGUAAUGUCGACACAUCGAUUCAUUUGUCUGUAAACGAUUUAUAAAUUGUAAAGCAAUAAACAGCACUUGAUUAAAGGCUCUUAAAUAAAUAAAAAACAUGAAACUUAUAAUCCUGAAAAGAAGAAAGAAAAUGAUCGACCCGUUCCGUGAAUAUUUAAUGUAAAUUAAAACCCAACACAGGAGAAUAUCAGUUAUAAGUACAGCGUCUCAGUACUUUUGCGGGGAGGCGUCCACUGUGACCACGAGGCCGCCGGUUCGACCGCCGCUCUGCCCCAUAGAGUGCAUGUCGGUGUGUCCUUGAGCAAGGCGUUGAACCCCCGGCGCUUUCCUCCUAACAAAAGAAAGAAAUGUACACUUAUUUAUCCCGUGGGGAAAUUCUUCUCUGCAGUCGACCCAUCCUUAAUUAUGAAGGAGCAGUGAAGCGCCCGGGGAGCAACUGGGGGUUCAGUGCCUUGCUCAAGGGCACUUCGACAUGCUCAACUCAUGGGGAGAGCGGGGAUCGAACCGGCUGCCUUGUGGUUACGGGACGACCGCUCAUCCCCGUGAGCUACAGCCGACCCCAAAACUGCCGACGGGUCAAAUGCAGUGAAGUAUGACAUCAGAUCAGUCUGAAUAAUUUCACACGCCCACAGAACAAUUCACAAAUAUACUCGAUUUACAAAUGCACACAGAAUGAUUCAAAUACAUUCCAAUGCACACAAAUAAAUGAUGCUUUACAUGAAUGUAUUUGUGGAUCUCUACAUGUGCGUGGGGGUUUGAGAGUCCUGAUGUGGCUCGAUUCACAAAUGCAUCUCUUUCAACGUAGACCUAUCUGUAGCCAAUCAGACACCCCCCUCAUUUUCACCCAAUCACAUAAACACCUCCCUUCCCCACGAGGCUGCAUUAAGUGUGUAAAGGUGCGUUCACACCAAAAGCGAAACUAUUUUUCGCGUCGCCCAAAACGCGUAAGUUUACUCGCUCGACCGUUCACCGUGUUCAGGCCAUAAGCGUCGAGACGCUCCGUGAGGGGCGGGGCUUAUCUCCGUGUCUCGUCUCCGUAAAGACCGUUAUCAUUUCCUUCAUCCACCAGAAUAACUAACUGCUAGUUCUGCUUUAUACUUGUUGUGGACGUCCCACACACUGACGCCCUCGUGUUUGGGUUCAUGACAUCACCCGUAGGCUAGGUUUGUGUAUUUUAUUCAGUCAAUCAAAUACAAUACAAUAUUAUCCUAUAUAUUAUACAAAAGAGAAAGACUGAAAAGGUAUAGGUAGAAGCAAAAAAUGCUUAUAAAUUCCUAACCUAAAUUGAAAUCAAAAUAAAUCAGAAAAAUAUAAAAUAAAUAAAAAUAUAUAUUUAUAUAUACUACCACAUACAUCUUCCAUAUUAAUACGUUUUUAAUUACAUUUAUAACUCAAGAAUUGUUUUAUAAAUAAUUCCCUUGAAAACCAAAAAGGAGUUCACCAUUCUUACAUCCAUUUCAACAUUAUUCCAUAAUUGGACUCCAACAGAAAUACAUCUUCUUUGAAUCCCUUUUUUAGCCUUUUGUACCGUGAACUUACAAACAUCUCUCAAAUCAUAUUUACACUCAUGUAUUGAAAAUAAACUUUGUACACAGUCUGGCAUUGACUUUGCUUUAGCUCUGUACAUUGUCUGCAUUAUUUCAUAAUAAACCAAAUCAUUAAAUUUCAUAACACGUGAUCUGUAAAAUAAAGGGUUUGUGUGCUCAUAGUAGCCGACAUUAUU